AUGGUUGAGCAUGUGCCGUCACAGGCUCGGCGCGUGAAGAAAGUAGCCCAAUACGAUGAUUACGGUAACUAUCUUGGAGAUAUUCGCGAGGAUGAAUUAAUGAAAAAAAUGAGCGCGCACGAAAAAGAGCCGUCCGCAUCGACGAUCGAGUCAGCGCCGUUACCACUACCUGCUUCUGAAUUGCAGCCUUCUUUACCCGGUUUUAGUGCGUCAUCGCAGCCGACAGAUUCGAGUAUACGCGCCAUUUCUUCACAAAUUCCACGAAAGCUUCCAGCACGUCCACGAUGGAAGCCAAGUGGACCUGUGCUGUAUUGUGGCGUCGACACGACCUUGCUAUCGACGCCGUCGAGAUGUACUUUCUCUACGCAUUCUGAACUGGAACUUAUGCUACACCGAGCUGAUCGUCAUCUCCUAUAUCCGCCUGGAGGAAUGGAAGAACUUAAACGAAGAGACCCGAUGCGUAUGGCAGAAGAACGUGAGAAGCAAGUGCGGCUGAGAAAAGGUGGUACAAGAGCAGCAGAUGGUCCUGCUGACUCGACAAUAUUUGGGCUCAAUAUCCGGCUUGAUACACCAGAACUAAUGGAAGAAUGGAUACGGCAACGGCGAAAACGGUUUCCUACAUCUGCUGUGAUUGCACAAAAGCAGGUCAAACAUCAAGCCCGCCUACUCAGAGACAAGAGGUCCGCACAAACAAAGGAUUUUGCAUGUGCGACGAGUACUGGUACUGAACCGCAUAAAACCCCUGCUCGCGAUACAAGUGCGAGCCAGACUCAUGAUUCAAAGCAAAGCUUCGAUCUUAAUCGAGACAUGGAACUGAAAGAGGGUCCUAAUGGCCAUGGGAAAGAAACCCCAGCAGCAAGCACUGAGGACUCGUCUUCUUCCGAAAAGGAAUCAGACUCAUCCUCGGCGAGUGGCGGUAAAGGUUCAGAAUCUGGCGACUCAGACUCGAAUUCUGAUAUGGACUCGGAGGCGGAUGCCAUAUCUAGCAAGAUUGAGCCGCGUGCACGUCCAGAUGACGAGGUGCGUUCCGAAACUCGACAAGGGCAGAAGCAUGCGGUCUCUGAGAAUACGCAACCGGUACGUCGGGUGCGUCCACGAAACACUGCAUCAAAUCCGUUUCAAGUACCUGAUUUACUUCGUCAGCUACUGGAGAGGGAAAUUUUGCAGCAUGUCGAUGCCUUGUCUCAGUGUAUUCAAUUUAUCCUAGAUAAUGACAUGCUAACACAUGUUGAACGUUCGCCAGGAGAAGCUCAACAGCAGCGGAAGCAACGAUCGCGUGUAGUUGUCGUUGGCGAGCAGACAGAGGAGAUUGGUGAGAUGCGCGAUACAAACGAAACAGCUCGACCAGCACUACCUAGAGUAGCUUCGCCCGCGCUGCGAGCGCUCGACGAGCUCGAAUGGCCUGAUGAGCCAGAUCCACUUAUAUACCUUGAUCCCUUACGUGCUGCUGAUCCGAAACCACUUCGACAUGAAGAACUUAUGUCACUCGCCACAGAUACCCAGCUCCGAGCCAUUUUGCAGCCAAUAUCUGCUUUGCAUCCAUAUGGCGAGGAGCAUCGCCCAUUGCGCCGCGCACUCGAGUCGUGGGCCGCACUGCCGACGCCAAGGCAUCGAGAGGCCGCAUUGCAGUUGAUCCUGGGCGUUGGUGCAGACAGUCCUAUGCACGCGCAUGAAGCGUAUGCACCUGCCUAUCAACGUGCGCGUGUAACGUCGCGAGGCACGCCCAUGCGGCAGAAUCGCCCGAUUGGCGAAACAGAAUUGUUUCGCUUAGGCCUGCGUGUUGGUCCUGGCGAGGUGCGCUUGAUUCAGCACAUAGCAGAGCGUGUAUCAGUUGUAACAGCCGGCUUGGAGUAUGCCGCAACAGCAUUGUAG